CGCUGCAGCAAUUCGAUUUGUUCGUCCAAAACAAGUCGAUUACAGCGUUAUUUUGUUCUUAAUUUUAGCUUUACUCCUUUGGGAUCUGGCCUUUGAUGACACGGAUUUCACUGCUUGUUUCCUUCAAUCUGAGUGCUCGUCGAUUUUUAUUUUUAUUUUUUAAAAAAUUCAUUCCUGCUUUUAUUCUCGAUGAUUAUUCUUUUAUUUAUUUAUUUACUUUCAAUAGCCUUCGCAAUUUAUUAGGCUGAGUUUCCUACUUUGUAGAGGGAUGGGAUGUCUGUUUAUGUUCUUUGUUUUGAUGGAUGUCAGAAACCUGAAUGUCACUUUCGCAGUCCGUUCUGAUGAAACUGAGAUCUCAUUUAACAAUGGACCUGCGCUGGUGCGGAGAACGGUGUUCUUAAUAUUUAUAUUCAAUACAUGAGGUCUAAAUUCAAUAUUUGAAUUAAACGGGAGGAAAUUAAAUAAUAUGGACUCGAGACUUUUCUGUCCUUGAUUCGGCGUGUUGCUUCCGAGUAGACUAAUUACACGAGAUGGCUCGAGAACAACUAAGUCCAGAGGAGGUUGUUAUGGGAGAAGAGGUCAACAAUGUGAGGUUGAUCACUUUAAACCGGCCUCGCCAAUUGAAUGUCAUCUCAUCCAAAGUGGUUUAUCUUGUAGCUCAAUUUCUGGAGAAAUGGGAGAAAGAUGACGAUGCCGAGCUGAUUAUUUUCAAGGGAGCAGGCCGUGCUUUUUGUGCCGGUGGGGAUCUAAAGAUGUUCUAUGAAGGAAGAUCAGAUGAUUCCUGUCUCGAAGUUGUGUACAGAAUGUACUGGCUUUGUUACCACAUUCACACGUACAAGAAAACCGCGGUUGCUCUCGCUCAUGGAAUUGUUAUGGGUGGAGGGGGAGCUAUGGUAGUACCGUUGAAGUUUUCUGUAGUCACUGAGAAAACAGUGUUUGCGCUGCCUGAAGCAGGUGUUGGGCUCCACACAGACUGUAGCUUCUCAUAUAUUCUUUCUCGACUACCUGGACAUCUGGGUGAAUAUCUUGCUUUAACUGGUGCAAGACUGAAUGGGAAGGAAAUGGUCGCUGCUGGUCUUGCAACUCAUUUUGUUCCCUCAGAUAGAUUGCAUGAGCUUGAGCAACGAUUAGUAAGUCUGGACUCUGGCGAUGCCCCUACAGUCAGAGCAGUAAUUGAAGAAUUCUCCUUGGAUGUCCGACCAGAGGAAGAAAGUAUCUUAAACAAGCUUUCGACAAUCGACAAAUGCUUCUGUGGGGAGUCUGUGGAGGAGAUAAUCAAAUUGUUUGAAGCUGAAGCUAGUAUCGAAGGAAAUGGAUGGAUAGCACCAGUGCUUAAAGGCUUAAAACGAUCAUCUCCAACUGGGUUAAAGAUCAUACUAAGAUCGAUUAGAGAAGGUAGGAAGCAGAGUUUGCCUGAAUGUUUGAAGAAAGAGUUCAGACUUACCAUGAAUAUCCUAAGAUCAGUUAUUUCUGGAGAUGUUUAUGAGGGCAUCCGAGCUAUCAGCAUCGACAAAGACAAUGCCCCAAAGUGGAACCCACCAACCCUCAAGGAAGUGAGUGAUGAAAACAUUGAUCGCAUUUUCAAGCCAUUCAGCGCUGAACUAGAGCUACCAAUCCCAUCUGAUGAAGAAGAGUCAUGCAGAUGGGAUGGGAAAUACGAAAACUCGGUCUACUCAAAAGCGAAAGAAACACAAUGAGCCCUAUCGAAAAGAAAUUUAGCCUUUGUUGUGUGCUUCUUACUCAUUUGAUGCAUAAGCUGAAUGAUUAUGUAAAGCAAUGUCAUAUGAAAACCGAAGAUGGUGAUCCUCCUGUUGAGUUACAAAUUUGAUUUUCCCAAUUUAUACAUGAAGUGGAACUAAUCUUGCAGAAUCUGAGCAUAACAUACUCUUGUUAUUUUAAUCUUGCAAUCAACAAAAUACAUAUGCAGCACUGCUUUUACUAUU